CGAAUCUUUCUAGCCAUGGAGGUUUUUUCCCAUUUCCAUAGCAAAACACCCAUCUUCUUUGUUGUCUUGUUAGCCACCUUCAUUACCUUGUCAUUAGGCCAAGGCACACGUGUUGGGUUCUACCGGACCACAUGCCCAAGGGCCGAAACCAUUGUGCAGGCCGCCGUCCAGUCUGCUAUCCGCUCCAAUCCGACAAUCGCACCCGGCUUACUAAGAAUGUCCUUUCAUGAUUGCUUUGUGAAUGGCUGUGAUGCUUCUAUCCUAAUUGAUGGUCCUUCGACCGAGAAAACCGCUGGGCCGAAUUCCCUCCUGAGAGGCUUUGAAGUCAUCGAUGCUGCAAAGACACAACUCGAAGCCAUAUGUCCUGGGGUGGUCUCGUGUGCUGACAUUCUUGCCCUUGCUGCUCGUGAUUCUGUGGUCCAGGCAGGAGGAACGGGUUGGGCGGUGCCAACAGGUCGUAGAGAUGGAUUAGUUUCACGGGCAGCUGAUACUGCAAAUUUGCCUGCUUUCAAUGACCCCAUUAAUGUUCAAAUCAGAAAGUUUACCGACAAAGGUCUUAAUACCCAAGAUCUUGUUGCGCUUUCUGGAGCACACACGAUUGGGACAGCUGCAUGUGCGUUAUUCAGCUACAGGCUAUACAACUUCAACAACACCAAUGGACCAGACCCCAGUAUAAACCAAGCAUUCCUUCCCCAGCUCCGAAACCUGUGCCCCAAUGGUGGUGAUGGUUCAAGGCGUGUCGCCCUAGAUACUGGCAGCGUAAACAACUUUGACAAUUCGUACUAUGCAAACUUGAGGGCCGGACGGGGAGUACUUGAAUCCGAUGCAGUGUUAUGGAACGACCCAACAACACAAAGGUUUGUGCAGCGGUUUCUUGGACUUAGGGGUCUUCUUGGAUUGAGGUUCAACGUGGAGUUCGGGAGAUCGAUGGUCAAGAUGGGUAACAUUGAGUUGAAGACCGGGACUCAAGGAGAAAUUCGUAGGGUUUGUAACGCAAUUAAUUGAUCGAUCGAUCGAUCGAUCGAUCGUUGAGGAAUGUAAAUGAGAAUUUGAAAUGGCUGAAAGGCGUAAGUUGUUAAUACGAUCGCAUCAUCUGUCUAGCAACAAAGGUUUAGAAAUAAAUCAAUAACAAUUGAUGUUUCUCUUCGGUUUA